AUGAAGUAUCUAUGUCUGAUUUUGUUGGCCACGUCAGUGACUGGUCGAUUCACUGAUGAUUUAUACCAGUAUUUGGCUAAGGAUAAUGCAAACGAGAACAUUAUUUCUUCGCCCCUUUCCGUGGAAAUUGCCAUGAGCCUGGCCUACAUGGGAGCUGGGGGCAAAACAGCCCAGGAAAUGAGGAAUGUUUUGAAAUUACCAGCGGACAAAAAAGAAGUGGCACGUAAAUACAAGAAUUUUUUGACAAAUCUCAAACGACGCGAGAAGGUGGCAAUCCUUGAUUUGGCCAACCGCAUUUACGUAAACGAUCGCUACUCGCUAGUUCCGGAGUUCAAUCAGGUGGUUAGAGAUUCCUUUAAGGCCGAAGCCGAGGCCAUCAGCUUAAAGGACACAACAAAAGCGGUUUCGAUCAUCAACAAUUGGGUGAAAGAUCAGACGCACGACAGGAUCAAAAGCAUAGUUAAGAAAGAAGAUUUGAGCAAUAAUUUUAUAAUGGUUCUCUUGAAUGCAAUUUACUUCAAAGGCCAGUGGCAGUACCAGUUCGAUUCUAGCAAUACCAAGAAGGCCGAUUUUCGAACUGCUGACAAAAAAAUCGGUUCUGUCCAGAUGAUGUCACUUUCGGGCUCAUUUAGAGCGAAUUAUAUACCCGAAUUAGAUGCCAAAGUAAUCGAGCUUCCUUACCGCAAUUCAAGCCUGUCCAUGGUCAUCUUUUUGCCAGAAAAAGUCGAUGGCCUGCCAGAAUUGGAGAAAAAGAUCGCAGGUUUCUCCGGGUAUCUGCGAAGACAUAAUGUGAAUUUGAAGCUGCCAAAGUUCAAAAUCGAAUUUUCAACCCUUCUAAAAGAUAUUCUUAUAAAGAUGGGCAUAGUAGAUGCAUUCACUCAGGGAGCGGAUUUAAGUGGUCUAGUAAAAGCAGAAGCCAAAAUCAGCAAAGUCAUACAAAAGGCUUUCAUCGAGGUUAACGAAGAGGGUGCUGAGGCAGCAGCUGCUACAGGGGUGUCUUUCACCUGUGAACGUUGUAGGCCCCCGCCUUCCAUGGAGUUCAAUGCAGAUCAUCCGUUUGCAUACGUCAUUCGCGAUGAGAAGACCAUUUACUUCCAGGGGCACUUCGUAAAGCCUAAACGUCUAAUUUUGCUGGCCACGUCAGUAACUUGUCGAUUCACUGAUGAUUUAUACCAACAUUUGGCUAAGGAUAAUGCAAACAAGAACCUUAUUUCUUCGCCCCUUUCCGUGGAAAUUGCCAUGAGCCUGGCCUACAUGGGAGCUGUGGGCAAGACAGCCCAGGAAAUGAGGGACGUUAUGAAACUGCCCGCGGACAAAAAGGAAGUGGCACGUAAAUACAAGAAUUUUUUGACAAAUCUCGAACGACGCGAAAAGGUGGCAAUCCUUGAUUUGGCCAACCGCAUUUACGUAAACGAUCGCUACUCGCUAGUUCCCGAGUUCAAUCAGGUGGUUAGAGAAUCCUUUAAGGCCGAAGCGGAGGCCAUCAGCCUAAAGGAGACAUCAAAAGCGGUUUCGAUCAUCAACAAGUGGGUAAAAGAUCAGACACGCGACAGGAUCAAAAGCAUAGUUAAGAAAGAUGAUUUGAGAAAUAAUUUUAUAAUGGCUCUCUUAAAUGCGAUUUACUUCAAAGGCCAGUGGCAGUACCAAUUCAAUACUGCCAAUACCAAGAAGGCCGACUUUCGAACAGCUGACAAAAAACUCGUUCCUGUCCAGAUGAUGUCACUUUUAGGCACAUUUAGAGCGAAUUAUGUACCCGAAUUAGAUGCCAAAGUAAUCGAGCUUCCUUACCGCAAUUCAAGCCUGUCCAUGGUCAUCUUUUUGCCGGAAAAAGUCGAUGGUCUGCCAGAAUUGGAGAAAAAGAUCGCAGGUUUCUCCGGGUAUCUGCGAAGUCAGAAUGUGAUUUUGAAGCUGCCAAAGUUCAAAAUCGAAUUUUCAACCCUUCUAAAAGAUAUUCUUAUGAAGAUGGGCAUAGUAGAUGCAUUCACUAAAAAUGCGGAUUUUAGUGGUCUAGUACAAGCACAAGCCGAAAUCAGCAAAGUCAUUCACAAGGCUUUCAUCGAGGUUAACGAAGAAGGUGCUGAGGCAGCAGCUGCUACAGUUUUGACAGCGUACCAAAUGAAGUAUCUAUGUCUGAUUUUGUUGGCCACGUCAGUGACUUGUCGAUUCACUGAUGAUUUAUACCAGCUUUUGGCAAAGGAGAAUGCAAACGAGAACCUUAUUUCUUCGCCCCUUUCCGUGGAAAUUGCCAUGGGCUUGGCCUACAUGGGAGCUGAGGGAAAGACGGCCCAGGAAAUCAGGAAUGUUUUGAAACUGCCCACGGACAAAAAAGAAGUGGCACGUAAAUAUAAGGACUUUCUGACAAAUCUCGAAGGACGCGAGAAGGUGGCCAUCCUUGAUCUGGCCAACCGCAUUUACGUAAACGAUAAAUACACCUUAGUUCCGGAGUUCAAUCAGGUGGUUAGGGAUUCCUUUAAAGCCGAAGCCGAGGCUAUCAGCGUAAAGGAUCGCAAAAAAGCGGCUUCGAUCAUCAAUAAGUGGGUGAAGAAACAGACUCGCGACAGGAUCAAAAACAUAGUUGAGGAAGAAGAUAUAACCAAUGAUCUUAUUGCUGUUCUCUUGAAUGCAAUUUACUUCAAAGGCCAGUGGCAGUACCAGUUCGAUUCUAGCAAUACCAAGAAGGCCGAUUUUCGAACUGCUGACAAAAAAAUCGGCUCUGUCCAGAUGAUGUCACUUUCGGGCUCAUUUAGAGCGAAUUAUAUACCCGAAUUAGAUGCCAAAGUAAUCGAGCUUCCUUACCGCAAUUCAAGCCUAUACAUGGUCAUCUUUUUGCCGGAAAAAGUCGAUGGUCUGCCAGAAUUGGAGAAAAAGAUCGCAGGUUUCUCCGGCUUUCUGAUGCCACGGAAUGUGAAUUUGAAGCUGCCCAAGUUCAAAAUCGAAUUUAAGUCCCUUUUAAAAGAAAUUCUCAUGAAGAUGGGCAUAGUAGACGCAUUCUCUAGAAAUGCGGAUUUUAGUGGUCUAGUAAAAGCAGAAGCCAAAAUCAGCAAAGUCAUACAAAAAGCUUUUAUCGAGGUUAACGAAGAAGGUGCCGAAGCAGCCGCUGUUACAGCUGUAUUGAUGACAGGUAAAUGCGCAAGUUGUGGGCCCAAGCCUCCCAUGGAGUUCAAUGCAGAUCAUCCGUUUGCAUAUGUCAUUCGCGAUCAGAAGACUAUUUACUUCCAGGGGCACUUCGUAAAGCCUAAACAAUAAAGUUCCCGUUUUAAUUCACGCACACAAUUACAAUACAAUUCAAAUUUUAUAAAAGUUCAGUAAUACAUAAGUGGUAAAUAAAGAGUGGUCGUGAGAGUGCCUGAACUAUCGGA